AUGAGAGCGGCCCCCAAACGCCUCGCCGCCUUCUACUCAGUGCUAGGCGUCAGCUUCAUCGCCCUUCUGCUCCGCACUCUGCUUGCGCAGCCGCUCCUGCCGUUCAGACUCGACGACGCUGAGUGGUCAUCGACGUGGCUGCUCACGACAGUGGCCGACUACUACGUCUCCACGCUCUGCCUGUGCGGCGUCAUUGUGGCCACCGACGGCUGGCGCGUAGGAGGAUUGUGGGCGGCUCUGUGUUGUGUGCUUGGCAGCGCCUUCGCCUGCUUGUGGGUGGUCCGCCGACUGCUGCAGCGUGGCACGCUGCGCCUGGCGGGCAGCGCGGACGGCGCGUUUGCGUACGAUUGA